AUGGUACUCUUUACCGACUCCACUGAGGCUCUUUUAUUUACAACUUAUUCUGACAGUCAAUACGCGUACCGCCAGGCCCGGUCCACAACCGAUCUCGCGCGGGAGGUGAUCCAUUGUGCACUGCGCGCACGCGAGGCAGGCGGCCACAUAGCCAUCAUCUGCUGCGACCUCUCACGCGCCUUCGACACCGCCGACCACGCACUCGUAGCAGACAAACUCGACCACUAUCGUGUUCGAGGCCCAGCUCUAAAACGGUUGCUCUCGUUUAUGAGCGGGAGGGCACAAGUUGUCGUUGGGGAUCGCGGCAGCGUGAUAUCCUCGAAGCGCAUCAACCUAAUGGGGGUGCCCCAGGAAUCCUGCCUUUCAAACACCCUCUUUAGCAUAUUACUCAACGACUUACCGGCUGCAACCACCGGUGCUGAUAUUUGGUAUUGGUAG